AUGGAGACAAUUGUUAUUCUCGUGUGCUACAAUGGAAAAUGGGUCACCUCGAAGAAGAUGUGCAAAUACGAAGGGGGUGACUCAAAAGGCUUAAUAGUUCCACGGACCAUCAAAUUUGCUGAACUGUUGGACCGUGUGCAUCAGAUUGGUAAUACAAACAGCAGGGAAGACAAGGUUUGCUUAAAAUUCUCAGUUUUGGUGGCCUCGAAUGAGUGGAAGCACAUAAAGAUUGAGGAUGAUGAUGAUGUCAAUUUUUUUAUGAAGUACAAUUCUGAGGUAACACCUUCAAAACUAGCUCCCUUACUUGUGAGUAUAGAAGAUAAAGGACUCACAAAUGAUGUAGUUGAUAGUAUGCAUAUCACGACAAAUAGUAGUCGGAUGGGUCGUUCUUCAGUUGCCAUUGUUGAAAGCAAUGAAGGUGAACAGAACCGGUACAAUGAAGCCGGUGUAAAUGAUGGGGAAGCAUAUUUGGAUAGCGGGUGUUCGCGAAGUGAUUGGAAUCCGAAAAUUACAGUUGGGCAAAUUUUCUCUAGUAAGAAAGCAUUGUUGACGGAGUUACAGUUGACGGCAAUAAGAGGCCACUUCGAAUUUAAGGUGCAAUUCUCCUGCACAAAGAGGUUGCUUGUGGGUUUGUUGUCAACGUCCAUGCCCAUGGCGGGUGACAACCAUCGUCAAGCAACCGCAGCACUUGUAGCCACUUCAUGUAAAAGGAAGUUGAAGGAUUCUCGGACAAUAUACACACCAAGUGACAUUAUGAGAGAUGUGAAACACAACUUUGGUUUAAGAAUCCAUUAUUCGAAAGCUUGGAAAGCAAGGGAGUUAGCUCUAUUGUCCAUUAGAGGAUCAGCGGAGGAGGCAUAUUAUAUUCUUCCAGCUUAUUGCUAUGAAUUGGAGCGUAUGAAUCCCCGGCACAAAAACACACAUCCAAACUGA